AUGGCUGGAAACUUGGAUGGCAGCAGAUCUCGCGGCUCCUGGGUGCACCAGCCUCCCAGGUACUUCAGGGAGGUUUUUUCUAUUCUAAAGCAGCAGAGGUUAGAGCAACAGUACUGCGACGCACAAGUCAUCGUCAACGGACAACCGUUCCCCGCACACAAGGCACUCCUAGCCGCAAACAGCAACUUCUUCCACCAAUACUUCACCAUCAACAAGGACUCCAGUAGGGUCGAGCUUAACAACAUCAGUGCAGAGAGUUUUAAGAGCAUUGUUGAGUUCAUGUAUUCAGGGAGGCUUUUGCUACAGGAGAGCAAUGUAACAGACGUGUUGCAGACCGCCAGCUUGCUACAGAUGCACGACAUCGUCACAGUUUGUUGCAAUUUUGUGAAGGAGAAGCUACAAGCCAACAGAGUAGAGCAGAACAUACCAGAUAACACACAGCUGCAAAGAACAGAUAGUCAUGUUAGCUUUGAUCCUCCACAAGUCGCACAACAGAUAAACCAACCAGGAAGACCAGCCCAUCUGGGGAUAGCUGUGAAUGAGGAGGCGGGACCAUCUAGUCUGGUGGGAGCCAUGCGUAGAAAGUGUACCGUGGUCCCUCGAAGAGCGAUCUCCCCAAGCAUGGGUCCAGACUACAGCGUGGACAGAGACAGUGGGAUGAACACGAGUAGCGGCAUCGGAGGCCAUGAUUCUCAUCCGGAAGAAGACGUACAGACAGACAGCAUGGAUGUCGUCAUCAGGGUGAAAUCUGAGGACACGUCAGACGACCGGGUCCUAGUAGAGGCAGGCGCUGCAUCAUCAUCAUCGCAGGAGAAUAAUCCCGCGCUGUUGAGCCAAUCGUCUGACGGCAGCGAGCGAGAUUUUGUCGCUCCGACGAAUCAGCAGGGCGCCGCGAACCCGUUACAGGUCUGUACUACCACUCUGGCAACUGAUUCUUACAACAACUCCAUGUUACAACUUACUGCUUCCUACAAUGUAAGCGAUAUGUAA